CCAGGCCGGAGCCUGUGAUAAUCCAGCGGGAUUUUGAGCGACUGCUGCGCGGAACAAACACAUGAUCCGAUUAAGAUCAGACUCUCCGUCACCCGCAAGGACACGCACAUAAACAGCAGGCGCGGAAAAGACGCUGAUUUGACCCAGCCGAGGGCACUGUGGGCCGGGGAGCUGAAGAUGAGGCUGCCGGACUGCAGGAGGGAUGGAGAGGAUGGAGAGAAGGAGCUGGCUCUGCCUUUCAGAAACCCUUUUGUACACGAGUUAAGGUUUACACCGCUUCAGAAACUCCAGCUGGGUGCGAUGACGUUGACCCUGUUCCCCGUGCGCCUUUUCUUCGCUGCGUUCAUGAUGCUCUUGGCGUGGCCUUUCGCCUUCAUCGCCACCGUCGGACGCAGUGAGACCAGCGUUGAGCAUCAGUGCUUCUGGAGGAGGGUGGUGGACGUCGUCUUGCGCGUCAUCAUGAGGGCCAUGUGGUUUGCAGGUGGCUUCCAUUGGAUCAGGGUCAAAGGUCAGCGUGCUCUGCCCACCCAGGCGCCCAUCCUCACCCUUGCUCCACACUCCUCCUACUUCGACGCCAUGCCUGUGACCAUGACGAUGGCCUCCAUAGUCAUGAAGGCUGAGAGCAAGGACAUACCGCUCUGGGGGACUCUGAUUAAAUACAUCCGGCCCGUGUUCGUGUCGAGGUCGGACCAGGACUCGCGCCGGAAAACCGUCGAGGAGAUCAAACGCAGGGCUCAGUCCGGAGGGGUGUGGCCUCAGAUAAUGAUCUUUCCUGAGGGGACGUGCACCAACAGGUCCUGUCUGAUCACGUUUAAACCAGGUGCUUUUAUUCCAGCGGUGCCUGUCCAGCCGGUCGUUCUUCGCUACCCUAAUCAGCUGGACACAAUCACUUGGACGUGGCAGGGUCCUGGAGCGUUUACAAUUCUGUGGCUCACCCUGUGCCAACUCCAUAAUGAUUUUGAGAUUGAGUUCCUGCCUGUCUACAGCCCCAGCGAAGAGGAGACGAGGAACCCACAGCUGUUUGCUCAGAAUGUGCGCCGCAUCAUGGCCAAGGCACUGCAGGUCCCUGUGACUGAUUACUCAUUUGAGGAUUGUCAGUUGGCCAUGGCGGAGGGACAGCUCAGACUGCCAGUGGACACGAGUCUUCUCGAGUUCGCCCGACUCGUCCGGAGACUGGGGCUGAAGCGGGAGAACAGUGAGAUUGCGGCUUACAGUCGGAGGGCGCAGGAGCUGCAGGGAAUAAAGCAGAACGUCGAGCAGUUCGCUCGCUUCCUGGAGCAGCCGCUGUCCAAUGUGCUGCGGGACAUGUUCGCCCUGUUCGAUGAGCAUGACGAGGGUUCGAUGGACGUGCGCGAGUUUGUCGUCGCCUUCUCCGUCGUGUGCAGACCCGCCAAAACGCUGGACACCAUCAAGCUUGCCUUUACGAUGUUCGAGGCGGAGCAGGACGGAGGAGUAACGGAGGAAGAGCUGGAGUGUAUCCUGCACACGGCUCUGGGAGUGACGGAGCUCCGAGUGUCGCGGCUGUUCCGCGCCGUCGACGUGGCAAACAGCGGAAAAGUGACGUUCGAGAUGUUCAGGAGUUUUGCCGAGCAGCAGCCUGAUUUCGCAGAGGAGUUCCUGUACGCCGAGAACACUGGCUUCUUCAGCAACUUCUUGUCGUCUGGCAUCGUCUCGAACGGCUUCUGCGCCGACUUUUCCCCCAACGAGCUCCAGAAGAAAAUCAACUGAAGAACGGCGAGUCCUGGACGAAAAAACAGCCAGUGCGUGAAAAGUUUACUCAUGACUUUUUUUUUUUUUCUGCUUCCGAUCUCCCCCCCCAACUCUCCUCUUUUUAUUUAUCCAAACUUCUUCCGAUGGAAGGAUUACUAAUUCGUUCCGUCCGACAGCCGAUGAAAAGCUGGAGGUGGGGUUUGAGACGAGUUCUUGUAAGAAUUAAAACGUGCUUUGAAAGAUUGGGGAACAAAAAAUAUGACCGAUUCAACAUGUUCAGUUUUUAGCUAGUUGCUGAGGUCAUGUUGCUGAAAAUUAUUUUUUUGGGGGGAUUAAACAUAUUUUUGAUGUUAAUCAUCACAAUGAUGUCGUCAAAUGUUUUUGAGAAUGUUGCUGUGAGCAUUUUGGCGAGUUCUUGCAAGCAACAAAUCAAAAUCCCUUCUGCCUUGAGAAGGGCUUUGGGUUUGUGGGGUAGGGGCUUUUUUUUUUUUUUUUUAAAUAAAACCUCUUCCAUUCGGUUCGCUCUUCUCGUUAAUGUUUUUUUUUUCUCCUUUUUGUGCAAAAGGGACCGUAUUUCUCAGAGCUGAACGAGGCUGAUUUCCGAUCACAAUUUACUUGAAAUCCGUGCACUUGUUUAGUUUUCACGUUUGAAAUGCUGGAACUGAGAGUAGAACAAAAAGUUGAGGAAGAAAAGUCAAAUCAACCUUUUUUUUUUUUUCUUAAAAAAAAAAUCUAUCGAAAGAAACUGUAGAUGCCUUUCUUUUGUGUGCAUGGGUUUGAUGCUUGCGAUUACAGUAUCACAAAGCUUUUUUUUAUAUCAAGGAAACCCUCUCGGGUCUGAAAGCACCAGUGAUCAAAUUCUGAUUUUUAUCAGUCCUGAGGUGCAGAACGAUCCGAUUGGUCUGAUCUUUUUCCAGCUGAGGCUGUCUGAUUUUUACAGUUAUUUCUCGAUUUAAAUUUGUUUUUGAAGCUCAGGGUUUUGGUUUGAACGUUUAACGUUUGUGGGCGUGGCUCUUGCACGUUGCCAAAUGACGAACUGUUCACGAUGAACUUGUGCCAAUAUUCGAUUCAUAUCACAAUAAUGUCUAUCAUGCAUUCUCACUCGGACGCACAGUAACCAUCUUCACAAGCGGCUCCUGAAGAGCGAUUGACGAAACCUCCGACCGUUUAAAACAAUAAUAAUAAAAUAACCAACAAGUAUGAAAAAGCAAUUGUGUUAAUAUAGUAGCUUAUUUGUGGUGAAGGUGGAAAACUAUAAUUUCACCGCAUUAAAUGUAAUGAGCCGAUAACUUUUUCGGGACCAAAUUGUGGUCGAAAACGAGCAAGCUCCAUGAACGCUCACAUCCCGCUCAUGUUCCGUUUUAAACUCCAGAGCGUUUGUGUUGGCAUGGAAACGACUUCAAUCUACAAACACAUGUGACCCAUCGCAAAAAUAGCCACGUUCUUAAAUCUCACGUUAAUGAUCGGACUGUAACGUAAAUUUGAACAAAAUGAAAGUUUGCCAAUGCGGUGAUGUUUUAAUUGUAGAGCAGUAUGUCAGUUUGGUUAAAUGAAUGUACGUAUUGCC